AUGGCGAAUGAUGGAGCUCCAACCGAUCAAGAGGCAGAGAGGCAGUUGAAUCCUAUUGCCUGUAGUCACUGUCGUCAGCGCAAACGAAAGUGUGAUAGGCAGCUGCCCCAUUGCUUACAGUGUAACCAUGAUCCUACCAACUGCCACUACCCGGAACAGAACAAAAGGGGUCUUCCUAUUGGCUUCAUAAACAGACUAGAAGCACGUCUUGCAGAGACCGAGGAGGCUCUUUUCCGCCUCGUUCAGUCUAUCGAUGGACCUACCAACAACCAUGUCUCACUUAAGCCUUCAUCUCAACGCAAGGAUGACCGGAUACAAGAAUGGGACAGCCUGCCGUUAAGAGAUAUGGAUGAUAUACGUACAUGGUUCCAGAGUAGAACAGAUCAACCCGUCACGCCAGCUCUGCAAGGUGGUUCAAUGGACCUGGACCAAACUGGAACACCUACUCUAGAAACUCCAUCUGAUUUGACCAACACGGAGUUUUCCGAUGAAGCCCAGAGCAAUUUAGAGGAUGGAGUCUUGUUAUCAGAUCCGGUUGACGAUGUGUCAAGGAGUGAAAUUCAGACCCCUACGCAGUCUGGAAGUAAGGCCAAGGAGAUGGAACAAAGACAUCCGAACAUGUAUUUUUAG